AUGGCCUCCGACGGCGCCGCCAGAGGCCGCCCUCCCAAGCUCCCCGCUUCGGAAGGCCUGGACCCAUCCAACGUCCUCACCUACAAGAGACGCCGCCGCGGCACCGGCGCCAACGCCGGCCACAGCGCCGUCACGCCGGGCCCCGACCCCGUCAAGAAUAAGAUGAGCGCGGUGGUGCACGCCACCAGUUCCCAUCAAGGUGGGCGCCAAAACCUGGACAGGUGCUGGAGAAGCUGGAGGGACACGCUGGAGGGCGUCCUGCAAUCCACUGCUGGGAACCAGGGCUCCGGAGGGAUUCAGAGCUGCAUCCGAGAUGCGCUCAGAUAUAAUGGUUGCCAGCCCACAGAACAUGGGAACUUAGCUGACGGCCAAGGAGCAGGAAGAGAGGACCCUGCUGGAGCUGUACAUUCUGAAGAGAAUAGUGGUGCCUUGGUUCAGUUAGAAGAUGGAACAGCUGCAUCUUUGGAAGCCAACAAGGCGAUGUGCCAUAAAGCUCUCUUUGACAUUCUAAUCUCCGAGAAGUUUGCCAUGCUGUGUGAUCUGCUAGCUGCAACAUUCCAUGUCAAUAAGCCUGAUGACCUGAUUGGUUUGCAAAUAAUUGAUGCCAAGAUGAGAAAUGGGGAUUAUGCACAGAACCCUGCGCUGCUUGACCAUGAUAUCAAACAGAUAUGGAAGAAGAUUGAACAUGUUGGCCAACAAAUGGCUGGUCUGGCAAGCAGUCUCUCACUGAUUUCACAAGCUUCUCAUCAAAAGCAGGCUUCUGGCGUUUCAGAAAUUGAUGUGGCUGAACACAGGAUAGAGGAAACAAAUUUGGGUGGUGGCACCCACAAAGCCCUAAGGGAGUUGACUCCCCCUUGCGAUUCUGGCCAUUCUACGAUACCCAAACAAACUGGGACAUCUGGAUCGGAUGGAAUUUGCAAGGAUUGUGGCGGAAAGGCAGACAGCGAAGGAAGAAUUAUCUGUGAUAGAUGUGAAGCUGCAUACCAUGUUUCAUGUCUCAAGCUUGCCAUUGAUGAAGAGGCCCCAGCAAAAUGGUACUGUCCCAGCUGUUUUGGAUUAGACGGACCUUCAAAGAAUAACAACAAUGGCAGAUCACAUGAAGGCUGCGAUGUAUGCGAGUGGCUCGUGGUGGAGAAGCCAGAAGAACCCGCUGAAGACGUUAUCCAACCUGAAUUGGCCAUCAAGACGCAGGAGAGCUCAGUGUCAAGCAUGGAUGAAGACAGUGAACCGGACCUCUCAACAACUGCUCUAGCAAACUUGUGCAAGCAUUGUGGCACAUGUGAAGAUGAGAACAAGAAGUUCUUGGUAUGCGGCCAUCCUUACUGUGCUUACAAGUUCUAUCAUGUCCUGUGCAUGAAAGAAAGCCAGAUUGCAAGUGAGAAGCAGAAGAAUCUAGCAUGCUGGUACUGCCCGUCUUGCCUGUGCAGACGCUGCUUCAGAAACAAGGAUGAUGAAGAAAUAGUAUUGUGUGAUGGCUGUGAUGAUGCUUAUCACAUUUACUGCACUACUCCGCCGCUCGAAUGUGUCCCGAGAGGUAACUGGUACUGCAUGUUGUGUAAUGCGCGGAGGUCUGCACGUGGGAUGGAGAGGUAUGAGAAGUCGAUCCUGCAGAAGGCCAAGCGUGUUCCUGAUGCCAAAAGGCCAAAGGUGCAUGCAGCUGCUGCUCCAGAAAAAUAA